AUGCCUCCCGCCAGAUCGGUUCGCACGCAGCGACUGGUUUCGAACGAGAACGAUGAGAACAGUGGCUCUACCCGCAUGACGCGCGCCAAAGCCGCCGCACAAGGCAUCGACGAGCCCAAGAAGGUGCUCCAGACCAAAAAGUCCGCCCUGACUGCGAACGCCCAGGGCAUCCAGAGGAAGCGCGGCGCGCUCGAGGAUGUGAGCAACGUGGGAAAGAUCAGCAACGUCGAAGGCAAAAAGGCAGCUAGCAAAGGCAGCCUCGUAUCCAAG